AUGAAUUACUUCCCAGAAAUUAAAGAAUUACCACCAGACCCAUUGUUUGGAUUAAAAGCUAGAUAUACCAAAGAUUCUAGAUCCGAUAAAGUCGAUUUAGGAAUUGGUGCCUAUAGAGACAAUAAUGGUAAACCAUGGAUUUUACCUGCUGUUAAAUUAGCAGAAAAGAAGUUAAUUAAUGAUGAUAGUUAUAAUCAUGAAUAUUUACCUAUCGAAGGAUACAAAGACUUUGUUGUCAAUGCUGGUAAAAUCAUCAUUGGUGAAGAAUCUGUCGCUAUCAAAGAAGAUAGAAUAGUUUCACAACAAAGUUUAAGUGGUACAGGAGCUUUACAUUUAGUUGGAAAGUUUUUGAAAGAUUUUUAUCAUAACAAAACAGCUAAGAUUUAUUUAUCUAAACCAACAUGGGCCAAUCAUAAUCAAAUCUUCACUUCUUUAGGUUUUGAAGUUGAUAAUUAUCCUUAUUGGGAUAAUGAUAAUAAAUCCUUAGAUUUACAAGGAUUCUUAAAAGCCAUUGAAGAUGCUCCGCAAGGAUCUAUUUUCCUUUUGCAUGCAUGUGCCCAUAAUCCUACUGGAUUGGAUCCUACAGAAGACCAAUGGUUACAAAUUUUAAACAAAUUAUCAGAAAAAGAUCAUUUACCUUUAUUUGAUAGUGCUUACCAAGGAUUUGCUAGUGGUAAUUUAGAAAAAGAUAGUUUCUCCAUUAGAACCGCUGUUGACAAAAAGAUCUUCAAAGCUCCAAUCUUAAUUUGUCAAUCAUUUGCUAAAAAUUGUGGAAUGUACGGUGAAAGAGUUGGUGCAGUUCAUGUCAUCCCAUCUGAAACUAAUGAAAAAUUGAAUAAUGCUAUUGCUUCUCAAUUAAAGAAAAUUAUAAGAUCAGAAAUUUCUAAUCCUCCAGCCUAUGGAGCUAAAAUUGUGGCUACUAUUUUGAAUGAUAAGGAAUUAUUCAAUCAAUGGCAAGAAGAUUUGACUACCAUGUCAUCAAGAAUCAAUAAAAUGAGAUUGAAGUUAAGAGAAUUAUUGAUCAACUUACAAACCCCUGGUACUUGGGAUCAUAUUGUCAACCAAACAGGUAUGUUUUCAUUCACAGGUUUAAACCCUGAUAUGGUUAAAAGAUUAGAAGAAAAACAUGGUAUUUACAUGGUUGGUAGUGGUAGAGCUUCAGUUGCAGGUUUAAAUGAUGGAAAUGUUGAAAAAGUCGCCAAUGCUUUUGAUGAAGUUGUUAGAUUUUAUGCUAAGAGUAAACUUUAG